AUGCGUCGGUGUAAUUAUAGAGUCGGAGAUAGUAUACGUUUUACUCUCUGGAGUCGUUGCAACAGCCAAUCUGCUGCAAAUAUGGAUACAAAAAAUGAAAAGUUUUCUUACCGUUCUAGAUGGCUUUAUGCAUUUCCGUUUCGUACUAAACGGUUGGACGAUUUUAUACAUUCAGGGGAAGAUACUGUGGUUUCCAUAGCGUACACAUAUCGCAAUGAUACCAAAAAUAUCACGGUGACUUUAAUUCCACUGCAACAUUUUGCUCAUCCUCAUUUCUUUCUCCAGGUGGAUAACUUGUGUAGUCAACAUCAAUCGGUAUUGAUGGAAGGUCGAACACCUCUUACGGGUGCUCCCUACUCCACUAUUGUUCCUUCUCGGGAUGCUGAGCGUUCUGUGCGUCCUGCAGAGCACGAAGAUGAUGAAGGUUGGGAACCGCGUGAAAUUGAACGUUUUUGGCAACCUUUUUCUUGGGGAGUUAAGGAAUCUCCUAACUAUACUGUUAUUCAUGCUGCAGAUAAGUAUGAUUACGAGAAAUUGCCGUUGUGGUGUUCUCUUCGGUUUAAUAUACCUCUUUUUGGAAGUUUUGGACGAGAAAAACACUGUUUAGACAUGAUUUACCCUUUAGCUGCAAAUGGUUAUAAAUCCUUUGCUAUUCCCUGGGGUGCAGCUCACAUGCCAAUCUUUAAUGAGAUGCUUCUCGAGAAUGGUUUUGAGCAAGUUGGGAUGUGUUCACUAGUGAUAUUUAAUCGCAUUGAUGGAGACAUAAGCGCAGGGGAAUAUGAAAGAAUUUGUCGAAUGCAAAAAAGACGACAACAAGUUGUUGAAAUGGCUUCGUUACUGGUAGUAUUUCUUGCACUGUUGCUGAUGCGAGACGCAGUAACCAUUGAGUAUAAGUAA